AUGUUGUAUCUACCUGAUGCUGAGGCACUCAUUCGACCAGAGAGAAACAUGCUGACGGUGAGCUUCACCAACAUUGAGCAUUUCACUCAGAAACUAGCUACCACCAUUCAGGAGGACUAUUACAGGUAAUUUAAAUGCUAAUUUGGUAGUCCUGCCCAAAAAGCUUUCAUUCAAUUUUGCAUUGAACCAGAACAUAUACAUUUUGUCCAAUCAUAAUCCACAAGGAAUUAUAUUUUUCAUGUCUUGCCAUCCCCAGGGUGUAUCCAUUCCUGUGCAGAGCAGUGCGCCACUUUGCUCAAGACCAUAAGAACAUACCGGCAUCCAAAGAGCUCUAAAUGGCCUUCUCUGACUUUCCAUCAAAACAAAAAUACACAAACUACUGAGCCAGAUCUCACGGAAUACCUGUCAUUUAAAAUUAGAUGGUUACUCUGCUUACAUAAAGUAGUUUCAACAAGUGACAAAUGUGCUGUCCCUCACCAGGAACGGAGAGCUCUCCAUGGCCCAGAUCGGGUCCCUAUUCCGUAUCAGUGGCCAGGUGGUGAGGACACACCCAGUGCACCCGGAGCUGGUCAGCGGACUGCCAGUCGGUCAUCAAAGACAUUGAGCAGCAAUUUAAGUACACCCUGCCCAACAUCUGUAACCCAGUCUGUAUUAACCAACUUCGCUUCAUGCUGGACCCCAACAAGUCCCAUUUUGUGGUCUUUCAGAAGGUAAAGAGGUUUAUCUGCACGAGUCCACCAUGCCAGAUUGACCCUCCAGCAGAUAAUGGAACCAUUGCAUACAGUGCAUUCGGAAAGUAUUCAGACCCCUUGACUUUUUCCAUAUUUUGUUACGUUACAGCCUUAUUCUAAAAUUGAUUAAAUUGUUUUUUUCCCCUCAUCAAACUACACACAAUACCCCAUAAUGACAAAGCAAAAAAUGGUUUUUAGAAAUUUUAGCACAUUUCUAAAAAGAUAACAUUUACAUAAGUAUUCAGACCCUUUACUCAGUACUUUGUUGAAGCGUUUUUGGCAGCGAUUACAGCCUCGAGUCUUCUUGGGUAUGACGCUACAAGCUUGGCACCCCUGUAUUUGGGGUUCAAGUCCAGGCUCUGACUGGGCCACUCAAGGACAUUCAGAGACUUGUCCCGAAGCCACUCCUGAGUUGUCUUGGCUGUGUGCUUAGGGUCGUUGUCCUGUUGGAAGGUGAACCUUCACCACAGUCUGAGGUCCUGAGCACUCUGGAGCAGGUUUUCAUCAAGGAUCUCUCUGUACUUUGCUCCGUUCAUCUUUCCCUCGAUCCUGACUAGUCUCCCAGUCCUUGCCGCUGAAAAACAUCCCUACAGCAUGAUGCUGCCACCACCAUGCUUCACCGUAGGGAUGGUGCCAGGUUUCCUCCAGACGUGAUGCUUGGCAUUCAGGCCAAAGAGUUAAAUCUUGGUUUCAUCAGACCAAAGAAUCUUGUUUCUCAUAAUCUGAGAGUCUUUAGGUGCCUUUUGGCAAACUCCAAGCCAGCUGUCAUGUGCCUUUUACUGAGGAGUGUCUUCCAUCUGGCCACUCUACCAUAAAGGCCUGAUUGCUGGAGUGCUGCAGAGAUGGUUGUCCUUCUGGAAGGUUCUCCCAUCUCCACAGAGGAACUCUAGAGCUCUGUCAGAGUGACCAUCAGGUUCUUGGUCACCUCCCUGACCAAGGCCCUUCUCCCCCACUUGGUCCGUUUUGCCGGGCAGUCAGCUCUAGGAAGAGCCUUGGUGGUUCCAAACUUCUUCCAUUUAAGAAUGAUUGAGGCCACCGUUUUCUUGGGGACCUUCAAUGCUGCAGACAUUUGUUGGUACCCUUCCCCAGAUCAGUGCCUCGACACAAUCCUGUCUCGGAGCUCUAUGGACAAUUCCUUCGACCUGAUGGCUUGGUUUUUGCUCUGACAUCAACUGUGGGACCUUAUAUAGACAGUGUGCCUUUCCAAAAUCAUGUCCAAUCAAUUGAAUUUACCACAGGUGGACUCCAAUCAAGUACUAGAAACAUCAAUGGAAACAGGAUGCACCUGAGCUCGAUUUUGAGUCUCAUAGCAAAGGCAUUUCAGUUUUUUAUUUGUAAUAAAUUUGCAAAAAUUUCUAAAAACCGGGUUUUGCUUGGUCAUUAUGGAGUAUUGUGUGUAGAUUGCUGAGGAUUAUUAUUUUUGAAAUCCACGUAACGUAACAAAAUGUGGAAAAAGUCAAGGGGUCUGAAUACUUUCCGAAGGCACUGUAUAUCAGGACUCUAAUUGUGCGUGACUGUGAGUUCAUAUAGUUGCGUAUCCAGGAGACUCAGGCCGAGCUGCUUUGUGGCUUGUGAUUCCAUCCCCCACAGUGUGGCGGUGAUCCUGAGGGCAGAGGCUGUGGAGAUGGCUCAAGCAGGGGACCACUGCGACUUCACGGGCACCCUGAUCGUUGUACCAGAUGUCGCUGCGCUGGCUGUGUCAGGUGAAAAGCAACUGCCCUCCAAACACCAUUUAUUCUAUUACACAUAAGACUGCCCUUAAUAAAAACCAUUGCAAUGGAGCAUAAUAGUGACAUUCUCCCCUGUACUUUCUCCAUGUAUGCACUGCAGGCACCAGUGCAGAGACCAGCAUCAGAGUGACUGGGGGGAGGGAGGGCUUUGAUGCAGACCAGACUGCAGAGAGACUGAAGAACCAGAUGACUGUACAGGAGUCGGAGAAGCUGUUUGAGAUGAGUAAGGACAAGAACCUCUACCACAACCUCUGCACCAGCCUCUUCCCCACCAUACAUGGUAUGGAGGGAAUACAGUGCCUUGCAAAAGUAUUCAUCCCCCUUGGCGUUUUUCCUAUUUUGUUGCAUUACAACAUGUAAUUUAAAUGGAAUUUUAUUUGGAUUUCAUAAAAUGGACAUACAUAAAAUAGUCCAAAUUGGUGAAGUGAAAUAUCCAAAACUUUGAACAUCCCACAGAGCACCAUUAAAUCCAUUAUUAAAAAAUGGAAAGAAUAUGGCACCACAACAAACCUGCCAAGAGAGGGCCGCCAACCAAAACUCACGGACCAGGUAAGGAGGGCAUUAAUCAGAGAGGCAACAAAGAGACCAAAGAUAACCCUGAAGGAGCUGCAAAGCUCCACAGCGGAGAUUGGAAUAUCUGUCCAUAGGACCAUUUUAAGCCGUACACUCCACAGAGCUGGUUUUACGGAAGAGUGGCCAGAAAAAAAGCCAUUGCUUAAAGAAAAAAAUAAGCAAACACGUUUGAUGUUCGCCAAAAGGCAUGUGGGAGACUCCCCAAACAUAUGGAAGAAGGUACUCUGGUCAGAUGAGACUAACAUUUUGCUUUUUGGCCAUCAAGGAAAAUGCUAUGUCUUUUGCAAACCUCUCAUCACCCCGAGAACACCAUCCCCACAGUGAAGCAUGGUGGUGGCAGCUAUGUGAAUAGUUAUGCACGCUCAAGUUUUCUAUUUUGUUGUCUUAUUUCUUGUUUGUUUCACAAGAAAAAAUAUUUUGCAUCUUCAAAGUGGUAGGCAUGUUGUGUAAAUCAAAUGAUACAAACCCCCCAAAAAUCAAUUUUAAUUCCAGGUUGUAAGGCAACAAAAUAGGAAAAAUGCCAAGGGGGGUGAAUACUUUCGCAAGCCACUGUAAGUCUGUCAUCAGUGUCGACUCCCCAGACAUCAACUUCGACCAGGAACAAGACGACAACGGGGAAAUGAAUGGUAAGAAACACAAUGGGGAAAUUAAUGGUAAGAAAUUGUUACUUUCACCUUUGUGCAACAAUAUGUUUAUUGAAAGUGAUACAUUUACACAUCACAAAUAGCCACCCUCUGUUCUCCAGAUGAGAAUGACAUGAUAGAUGAGGCUGUGAAGGGGACCAACGGCACUAAUGGCCAUCAUGCAGAGGAGGCUAUGUAUCACGUUUCAGGAGAAGACCCAGAUGCAGACAGUGUCGAAGUAACAAAAGUUUAUUACAAAAACAGAGGGCAGGCAAACGACAGGUCAAGGGCAGGCAGAGGUCAGUAAUCCAGGGUGGUGUGACAAGGUACAGAAUGUCAGGCAGGCUCAGGGCAGGCAGAAUGGUCAAAACCGGGAAAACUAGAAAACAGGAACUUGCAAAAGACAGGCGCAAGGGGAAAACCACUAGUAGGCUUGACGAAACAGAAUGAACUGGCAACAGACAAACAGAGAACACAGGUAUAAAUUCACUGGAGAUAAUGGGGAAGAUGGGCGACAUCUGGAGGGGGGUGGAUACAAUCACAAAGACAGGUGAAACAGAUCAAGGUGUGACACUAUGGACAUAAACCAUGGGGCAGGCAGACCUGAGAAGACCAGCACUGCCAAGCCUACUCUCAAGAUGACCUUCGCUGAGUAUAGGAGGGUCUCCAACCUCAUCGUUGUGCACAUGCAGAAGAUGGAAGAUAGUAAGAGUUUAAACAAACUGAAAGGAUCCUUUAUUUUCUAUAUAGUUUAAUUAAAAAGAUACUAGUUUUGUCAACAUUUAACAAAAUGUUUCAUUCUUACAGUUGACGAAGAGUCCUCACUGAAGUAGUGCGAGCUGAUUUAACUGGUACCUGAAAGAGAUGAAGAGUGAGAUCGAGUCAGAAGCUGAGAUGGUUGCCAUGAAGAAUCUGAUUGAAAAAGUGCUUCAGAGACUAAUCCACUAUCUAAGUAAAGCAUUGGAAAACAAGACACACUAAGACCAUCUGAAAUAUUUGACUGUUUGAAGCAUUUAUGGUAUUGACCUUUACACAAUGCAGUGAGAUUUGUACAAUUUGUGAGUGAGUGACAUGCUCUGUAUUAUUUGUUCAUUUCAGGGCCACAUCAUCAUAGAGUUAACAAAGACUGGACUGAAGCAUGGUGUUGAGGGAGAGGAACCUGUGGAGAAAGAGGACCCCUUCUUAGUGGUCAACCCCAAUUACAUCCCGGAAGACUAG